AUGAGAUGCUCGAAAAGCUGCGCAGUAUUUCUGCUUCUGUUUGCCCAGGCCACUAUGGCCGUAGCUUCUGAUUCUUCUCCUAUCAGAUGCAUCAUGUAUCUUACAGGACAGCACAAUGUGGUUCCAUCGAAUAAGAGCCUGAGAGACCAUAUCACGCAUGUCGCUCUAGCCUUUAUGAGGUCUGAUGUCUUCAACUCUGAAGAUGAACACCCAGACUUUCCACUCUUUACCUCGGUGACGCAGGUACGCAAUCAGUUCAAUCCGGGAACCAAAAUCAUGGUGGCGGUUGGCGGGUGGGGUGAUUCCCAAGGUUUUGAGACAGCGUGUCGCGACGAAGCUUCAAGAUCAAGAUGGUGUGGAAAUGUGAGGAAAAUGAUUGACGGUGCUGGUGCUGAUGGCGUGGACAUUGACUGGGAGUAUCCAGGCGGCAAUCGCGACGACUACAAGAUCAUUCCAAAUGAAAAACGAGCGUGGGAAAUUGAAGCUUUCGUGCAGCUGUUGAUGGAUCUACGCAGGGCGAUUGGCCCAGACAAGAUAUUGUCCAUCGCAGUUCCUGGCCUGAGUCGAGACAUGAUGGCGUUCACGGCGGACACCUUACCGCGCAUUGUUGAACAGGUUGACUUUAUCAACGUCAUGACCUACGACUUGCUCAACAGGCGUGACACAGUCGUCAAACACCACAGCGGCGUUGCAGCAUCGUUGGCAUCUAUCCAGACGUACAGAGAAAGAGGGGCCCCCCCGCAGAUGCUGAACCUGGGACUCGCAUACUACGUGAAGUGGGCGAUGACGGAAGAAUGCGAUUACGGCGAUCCUCUGGCAUGUCCGACGCAGGUCCUCGAAGACCCGGACACGGGAGCAGACCUAGGCAGGACUGGUGCUUUUAGCUGGCACGAUGCGGUACCCGAGGAACUCGCGCCGUCAUUUGCGCGCGCCAUGGCCGACGGCAGAUACUUUGAAGACGGCAGUUACGGCUACCUGGACCCUGCGGAGAGACGUUGGUGGACAUUUGACACGGAAAAGGUGAUUCCGCGCAAAUUCGACGAUAUUGUGCGGCCGCAGAGGCUGGGCGGCGUAUUCGCUUGGGGGCUGGGAGAAGAUGCACCGCAAUUUUCCCUGCUUUCAGCCACGGUCGAUGAAUUGGAAAGGCUAGGGGAUAAUAAUACGGACCGAGAUGAGCUGUGA